AUGCUGUGCUUAAGUUCGAGUUUAAUUUCGAUUGUAAGAUGGAAAGAGGGAAUUUCGAACAAAAUUUCAGCUGGCUAGACCUGAAUUCAAGAAAAGUUUUGUUUUAUCAAUGACUAAUUUUUCUUCGAAUCGUUUUUUUUUCUUUUGGAAUAGCCUGAAUUAUGUUUCACUGACGUAUGAAUUGCGGAAAAGUGUCUCGAAAUCGAAUUUAGUGUUUGUUGGAUUGCUCCAAAACAACAUUUUUUCCUCUGUUUUGGGGCAUUCUUGUUUGUUUCCGAACGAUGUUCCUUUUUGAGCAUUGAACCCCUGGAAUGGGAGGCGGGGCUUGGCCAAUUUCACAUGCAUUAUUAUUUUGAGAAUAGAGUAGUGCUUCGCUCUUUGAUGAGAAUAAUGAUUAUUGUUAAUUGGCAAUCCGAUUCUCAGAACUUAAUUUCGGCGCGCGCGCGCGAGACAUCAAGAAUAAUACAACAACUGCUCGCUGCCAUUCGUGCCACCGAAUAAUCAAUAUUGUGCGCUCUUCCAGCAGUAGCAGAAAUUGCCGUAUUCAUCUCCCGCGGCCAGUUGUUCGCUUUCUAAGGAAGUCCCCCCAACCUUCGGCUUCUCAACAAAUGUAUCUAUACGACUACAAAUUGCUCCACACAUGAAAGAAAGCAGGUGAGAGCGUCUUUCACAUCGAUUUCCUGUUUUUUUAGGAGCCUCUCUAACUAAGGAAACUCAUUCGUUACCUUCAUUUCUCGUCUUUUCUCAUUUGAACUGAAGCUUUAUGAAAAUUUUCACUUUUUUUCAAUUUUUUUUUCUGUGAAAGGGUUUUUUUUGAAAUUCAUGUUAGGAAUUCUCGAAAGAGAUUUUUAUGAUAAUGAUAAUAGCAACUUCCAAGGUCAAACAUUCAAUUUUUUUCUCAUCAACAAAAAUUUUCAAUUUUAGUUGAGCUUUCUUUAUUAAAAUGAAUUUUCGAGCUUUCAAAAAUUUUCAGAGAAACUUUAUUUGAAUUUGGGCUUUUUAAUCAAUUUUCUGAUCUCAUUUUGUACUUUUCAAGUAAAAAUGACAAUUUUUGAAGCGUUCUUCCUCAAAAUGAAGUUUUGGUUGGAUUCUGAACCGAUUUUCAAACCCUUUAAUUUUCAAUAGAGUAGAGUAAAAUUGUGGCUUUCAAAGCUUCAUUUCACACAUCACUAUAAUUUUCUGUUGAAAAGUCUUUUUGCACUUUUGAUUAUAUAGAUAUUGUUUUUUUUUAAAGCUAUGUUUCGAAAUGCAUAAUGAAUGUUUCGAAAAGUUGAGUUCAAUAAUUUUUUUACAUCUUGUCUUUUUAUUUCUUUUUCCCAUGGCUUUUUCUGAUAUAUUUUUUUCCCAAAAUUAUACAUUUCUUUCCAUUUAAAGAUAUUUUUUUCUUUAUUAUUUUUUUAAAGGUUAUUGAUUUCUGCGAAGUGGUCGAAAUGGUUGAGCUGAAGAAAAGUGUCAAGGAAGAGUCGGUGAAGGUGAAUUUUCGAAAAAUUUCUUUUUUUCAUUAUUUUUUGCGUUUCAGGUUGUCGUUAGGUGUCGUCCACUGUCCAAAAAAGAGAUCGAAAAUGGACACAAAAGGUUUUUUUUAAAUCCUUUCCAUGAAAAACACGUUUUUCUUCAGUAUCAUCAAGAUGCACUGUGAGCGGGGGCUCGUACAGUUGGAAAAAUGCGAAAGAUCGUGAAGAGCCCACCAAAGAUUUCACCUUCGACGCGAUUUAUGACGAAAAGUAAGCUGAAGAAAUUUGCCGAGAAAUCAGAUGAAAAAAUUCAGUUUUUUAAAUUUUUUUUUAGUUUUUUUUUUUAGUUGAUUACCCCAAAUCUCCACAAUCCUCAUGUGUUUGCGGAAGAAUGAACCAAAAAAAAUUGAGCUCGAGUACAUAUCAUUAAUGUUUCAAGAUCAACCCAAGUCGAGCUGUACGACGAAGUUUUCCGCGACCUCGUCGAUUCUGUCCUCAGUGGCUACAAUGCCACGAUUUUCGCCUACGGACAGACCGGAACCGGAAAAACUCACACUAUGGAGGGUGAGUAGAGCACUUAUUUCAUUUCUUCUCAGUUUUUCAUCAAUUUUGUUCAUUUUGAACAUAAAAGUUGAUCGAAAAAAGGAAUUUUCUCAGAUUUUCAUAGUUCUUUUUUUCAAUAUUACUUCUAGUAACAUUAUAUCCUGUUAGUUAUUCCUAUAAUUUGCAAUUCUCAGAUAGAUUUUAGAGCCUUUCAGAAAGAUUUGUCACCAUUAUUUGAAGACUUUUUUCUUUUUUUUCUAAACUUUUUACUCGCUUAUUAGUAAGAGGGGCAUCUUAGUUGGUAUUUUUCAAAGUGAUAAUGAUUUUAAGUUUAAUAGAUUCGUUUUUUUUCGAGUUUUUAGAACUCACAGCCUUUUGCAAACGGAAUUAUUUCAACCAAGUUGCGUUUUUUUUUUAUGAAUUUUGAGAUUUCAAAGUUUAAUAUUUCUCAAAUAUCAUGUGGGAGUUUUUUCAUGGUUUUUCAAAUUCUCAACUUUGAGGAAUUUAAUUAAAUUAAAGUUUAGGAAUGGGCAAUAGGGUCAAAUUUAUAAGAAUUAUUGGAUACUUUAUUGUUACUUAACCGUAAAACUUUCUUAGAAUCUGUUAUAAUUCAAGACUUUAAAAAUGAAUAAAAGAUUUUUCUAGGUAAAUGCGAUCUCGAUGAACAACGAGGAGUGAUUUACCGGUGCAUUGACCACAUUUUCGACCAUAUUGGUAGUUCUCGGAACCAAAAAUAUUUGGUUCGCGCCAGUUAUCUCGAAAUUUAUCAGGUUGAUUCCCAAGAUUUUCAAUGAAUAUAAGUUAUUUUUCUUAAAGGAAGAACUCCGGGAUUUGUUAAAUACGGAAGGUUCGAAGAAACUUGAGAUCAAGGAAAAGCCAGAUGGCGGCGUCUACGUCAAAGAUCUAUCGGUAAAAAAUGUCUUAUACGAAAAAGAGAAAUCAUUUUUUCUCUAGGCUUUCGUAUCGGAAUCUGCAGAAUCGAUCCAAAAAGUCAUGGCGACGGGAAAUGCUCAGCGAUCUGUUGGGUUCGUUUUUUUUUUUUUUGAAUUUUUGGGGGAAAGGGGUUUUUUGUACUUUCUUUCUGUGGUGUUUUGGACAUUUUUAUGAUCCUGUGCUCUCAAAUUAUAAUUUUCUCUUUCAAAGUUUUAAGAUUUUCUUUCAUGCGAAAAAUCUUUAUUUGGACCCCCUUUUUUGAUGGCAAAUUCUUAAAAAUUUUGUUUAGCAUAUAUUUUCCUUCAUUUUAUCGGAAUUUCACCCCUUUUGCGCAUAUAUUUCGUCUUUAAAAGCUCAUCUUUGGAAUUUCUCGAUUUUUUGGGCCAGCUGAAGUUUCAAACUCUUCUUUGGACUUUUUUUGAACUUUUUCUCGGCUUUUUUUAUCAUUGACAGCUGAAUUCUCAAGCUUUUUUUAGUGUGUGGGAAAUUUCUCUGACCAGAUGUUCUUAUGAUUAAUUUCGCCUGGGAGAAUAAAAAAAUUCUUGUUUUUUUCAUCAAUUAAUUCUCAUGAGUGAGAUCAAUUGAUGUACUUUCUGAAAACUGAAAAAUAUUUUUGAUUGCUUAUUUUUUUGUACUUUUCAGUUUGUUCCGAUUAAAUGGGCUCUAUUCCAGUUCUUAAUUAUUUUUUUGUGCUAUUUUUUUAAUGAGUAUAAAAAAAGCAUCGGGGUUUCAAAGAUGAUAAGUAUAUCGGGAGAAGGCAAAAGGAAGCCGGAAAGAUAAGAGAAAAAAAUAAGUUUUCUGAAAAUCGUACAGAUGAAUGAGAAAAAAAACUACUUAUGGUGUAUUUUUUUCAAUUUUUUUCAAAACAUUGCUCACUUUGAAAGAACUCUGAUUGAAUCCAUAAGCUUUUAAAAAUUUUAUCCACGGUUUUUUUUUUCGAAAUUUCCUAGUUCUUUCUUAAAUUUAGCAAGAUUCUCUUGUUUUUCAGUCUCUAAAUUUUUUCCAGUUUUCUUCAAUUUUUUUUUUCUCAAGUGUUUCAUUUUUAAUUCUCUUCAAGUCUCUUUUCAUUUUCUGUCUUUUUCCUGGUUUAUGAACCACGUUUCUGUUUCUGUUUUUAUAGUUAGGUACUUCUUUACUUACCCACAAGGUGGAAAGAAUAAAUAAAAGUAGUGACCCGGUUUUAAUUCACCCUCAAGAAUGACUUUAAUGGUUAACAGGUUAGUCCAAAUUGUUAUAAAUACCAAAUUGAUGAUAAAUUUUCAAAUUUUGAUAGUAUUUUUUUCCAGGAGAACCAACAUGAACGAGCACUCGAGUCGAUCCCACGCCAUCUUCAUCAUUACGGUGGAGUGCAGCCAGGUGGGCAUCGACGGCGAAAUGCACAUAACCGUCGGCCGCUUGAAUCUCGUCGAUUUGGCUGGCAGCGAACGACAAGCCAAGACUGGCGCCACCGGCGAACGGUUCAAGGAGGCUACCAAGAUCAACUUGUCGUUGUCGGCCCUCGGAAACGUCAUCUCGGCUCUCGUCGACUCCAAAUCCUCCCAUGUGCCUUACCGCGACAGCAAACUCACCCGUCUCCUACAGGACUCUCUUGGAGGAAACUCCAAAACUGUCAUGGUCGCCUGCAUCGGGCCCGCUUCCUACAACUAUGAGGAGACUUUAGGUACAACCAAACAUGGAAAAGCAUUUACGAAGUUCAAAAUCUUCAAAUAUUUACAAAUUUUGAGUUUUUGCGUUUCCGAGAGCAUUUUACAGAUAAGCCCGGUCUUUUGUCUUUAGAGCAAGAAAAUAUUGCAUUUGAAGGUGCCUUUCUAGGAUUUAUCCAUGGCUAACUAGAAAUAGGACAUUUUUUUCAUUAAUUAAAGGUCAUUUUACUUCAUCCUUUGGUAUUUCUCAGAAGUUGGCGACUCAAUUUUAGACGCACUACAAUAAUAUUUUCUAAAUCUUCCGUUUUUUUUCUGGAAUCUUCUUGCAUUUGUAUCUCCUUCACAGUGUCCAAGUAGAGGAUUAUGGGGUUUUACAUUUGAGCAAGUAGUUGAUCUAGAAAACAUGUCAGGGAGCAAUUGAGAUGAUUUUCAAAACCGUCCAGAAAAAAAAAAACAAAAAAUACGGUCCUUGUAAGCUUCUCUUUUCAAAAUUUACAAAGUAAGGAGAUUCUAGGUACCCUACGAUACGCGAAUAGAGCAAAGAACAUCAAGAACGAGCCGAAGAUCAACGAAGAUCCCAAAGAUGCCCUGCUCAGAGAAUUCCAGGAAGAAAUCCAACGGUUACGAUCUCAACUCGAACGUCGAAAAACCAAAUCUCGUGGAGGUUUUGACGAAAACUGAUGAGAAUUUUCCAUUUUGCGACUUCAGAAAUGCAUGACUACGACGAACAGCAACGACAGCUGGCCAAUGACCGAGAAAGACUCAUUUCCAAUGGAAGUUUGGUCCGACAAGAGAAAGAAAGGCUCAUGGCCGAGCUGGAACGGAAAUCUUCCUUGUUGGAAAAAGAACGGCAAGAACAGGUGAGAAAUGAGAAAAAAAAGCUUGUGAAAAUUUGGAAAAAAGCCAAAAAUUUAUCUUUUUUAUGAACUGAAUUCAUCGUUUUGUCCCUUUUAAACGUGCUGUGACGGUUUUUGACAGAAAGCAAUAUUUAAAAAAAUAAGCCUUGGUUUUUUUGUUUUUGGUAAAGGAGGUCUUGGCUUUUAUUGCGAUUCUUUUCGAAGCUCAUUUUUUGAAGAAAAAAUUUUAAAAAAUCAGCUUUUUUUUCGACUGAAGUCAUUUGUUCUGAAAGAUCAAGCCCUGCUCCAGAAUCGCGUCGCCGAAAUGAUCGCCAAUAUUGAAAGUCGGAUAAUCGGAGGCCAUGGAAAUGAACAACUCCAGCAACGGACUCAGCAACAACAGGAACAACUGGAAACCAAGCGACGGGAACUUUCUGAACAGAAAGUUUGAGUCCUAAAAAAUCCAAAGCUAAUUUUGUCGUCCCCAGAAACGAGAACGGGAGAUGGCUGAACAGCUGGAGAGGCAAGAAGAAGACGCCCUUGAUCUGCGCCAGACUUUUUCCGACUUGCGCCAAGAGGUCGAGGCGAAGACCAAGAAGCUCAAGAAGUUGAUCUUCAAGUUGCGCCAGGUUCGAUUCUUGAUGAGGAAUAGAAAUCUUGUCGGUUCAGGUGGAAGGAAAAUUAGACUUUUCUUAAAAAAAUGAGCUUUCAAUGCGACUUUCAGCGAUGAGGAGUUUGAGAUGUGAAGUUUGAAAAUUCUGAACUUCUCAGUUUUAAUCGAAAAAGACUACAAAUAUCAAAAAUCAUGAUAUUUCUCUACAAAAGAAGCAGCUUAGAUCUUUUUCUGCAACUUUUUUUAAGGGAUUUCAAAAAAAUGGCCGUAUGUCCCAAUUUCUUUAAAUUCGCAAUAUUCUAAUCUUCCUAGCAAAUCUUUGAACUCCAAUGCUCCAAUUUUGCCAUUUUCCGCCACAAUCCCCUCGAGAAUACUCAGAUUCCUAGGUGAGAAGCGAAAUCCGAGACUCUACGGCGAUUUUCUCCGACGAGCGACAAGACCUCGACCAGUCCAUCAGCGAAAUCAGCAAGGAGCUCAAAUUAAAGUGAAUCGACCCGGAUUUUUAUGAGAAGGGACAUGUGUUUCUCUCAGGCUUCUCGUCGUCGAGAACUUCAUUCCUCCGGAGGUCGGCGAGCGGAUCAAAGAGAGGGCCGUCUGGAGCGAGGACGACUCCUGUUGGAAGGUGCCCGGGGUCCGCCCGCUUUCCUCCUCGACUCGUCUUUCCGCCUCCAGUAGCCUCAUAGGUAAGGGAAGAUCCGUGGGAAAUUCAACACAAAAGGACAAUUUCAUUUUUUUUUUCCUUUCACUUCGAGAAUGUAAUUCGUGUUUCCCUCGGUUUUUUUUAAAAAUAUUUUUAUCACUGUUAGGGAUAAGAGAGUGCAGACAAGCUAGACUUUAUUUUAUCACUUCUGAGCUGAAAAGAAAUCGUUCCAAAAACUUUUCCGGAGACUUAAUAAAAUGGUCUUGUUCGAGUCUGAAAUAUAAAAAUCAUGAACACGAUUUUUUUGAUUUCUGAACGGAAAUUUUUUGAAAUUCGAUUUUUAAGAAAAAAGCGUUUUCAGCAUACUUAUUUAAGAUAAAAAGCUUUUUCCCGUUAUUUUUUUCCGCUAAUUGGUAAAAAGCGCUAAAAAUUUUUCCCUUGCAUGUUUUUAGUCAAAGCUUCGAAAAAUCGCUUCCUCUGAAUAUUUAAAAAUUAUUCUACUGUCAUUUCCAUUAAAAUUUGAUUCCAUUUUCGGUCUUGAGAAUUGAUUUUUUUUUUGCUCUUUUCAAUAUAGCGCCUUUAGCGUUUUUUUUUUAAAUAGCGUAAUUUGACACUGAAGACUGCAUGUUUAUUUAUGAUAUUAGUUUCAACCCUUGCGUCUGGCACCCGAAACGUUCAUUGAUAAACAAUUUGAUAAAGUUUGCGAUUAGUUUCAUUUUCUGCUGUAGCUUUUUAGUGUGAAAAGUUUUUUACAUGGUUUUUUUUUAAUCAGGUUCUCCUAUGUGGCUUUAUUCAUAUUUUCGCUUAAAAAGGUUGCAAAGAAGGACUCAAUCAAAAAAAAAAAGUUUCCAUUUGGUCAGGUUUUGUUUUCCAUGACUUGAAAGCCUGUUCAAAGUCUCCUUAUAAUUCCGCGCUAGAAGUAUAAAAAAAGUUUUUUCGCUCACAAGCUUCAAAUUUCAUUAAAAUGCUUUCCAAACUUUUUUUUUGGAAAUGUUGGGAAAAGCUUCGCACAGCCAGAUUCUCCUUCUUUUUUUGUACACCUGCAAAAAAAGAGACCAUUCACCGGUAUUUGCCUUGCGCCUUUAUUGUGAAGCGGCAUUAUUGACAUGUUCUAAAGCACUUCUGUUUUCCUUUUCUCGUUUCUUUUCUGAAUUUUGUUGGGGUUCGAAAGUUUUCGGUUAAACGUUUGUUUCUUGAAAAACACACGUAUCCUCAUAAAUUAUGAAAAUGAGCACAAAUUAGUAUCCAUGCCAAGUCAGUCUCGUUUUUUCAUGAAGAAUAUCUAAAAUAUGUAGGAACAAACAUCGUUAAAUUUCAAUUCAUAGCUCUUUCCAUGUUUUUUCUUUUUAGUUGGAAAGGCAGACGGCGGAGUUCUGACUCGUUCGACGGGCGCCGACUCCGGCGUUUCCGUUGGCGAUUCGACCAGUUCCAGCACCUCCUACCUCGACAAGCGGCCGGUAUCCCAUGGAAAAUAUUCCCUUCACGAAGGAACCUUUUUGAAGACGUCGACGGCGGGAGUUCGGCGGCCGAUCUCCAUGUGCGAGAGGAUCUACGUGGAGAAGGCCCGACAGCAACUCAGUGGGGAGCGUCGACCGCCCAUUUCCGGUCCGUUUGGCAAAGGAUUUGGGAUAGUUUUUAUCAGUGCAUUGGAUGGUAGUAUCCUAGUCCUCGCCCAGUAGUUUCAAGGUGCUGAUAAAAUCAGUCGGCCCGUUAGGAGAGUCGGGCUGUUAUACAUGACGUAGGCAGGUCAAGUGUUAGCCAAACGAUUUUGUUUUGUUCUGAGUUCAGCGUUUCUUAUUUGAUUUUUUGAUUUUUGAAUGCUUGAGUCAAGUUAUAGAAGCCUUGGACACAGAUAUUAUUAUUUUAAAGGAGGAAUGAGGCAGUAGAAACUAAUAUUUUUAUUGAAAGGAUUUUCCUUGCAAAUGAGAAUAUCCAGGUGAAAAAAAUUCUUCUGUUAGUCGGCUGCUCAAUUUUUUUCAAGUUCUUUUUGGCUAAAUUCUGUUGAAACUCAUUUUAGAGUCAUUUUUUUCAAAGUUUUGUUUUUGUAUUCCAAAGCUUUCAGCGACGAUAAAAAAAUUUUUUUAAACCAAAAUUUGAUAGAAAAAAAUUGAUUAAAAGAUUGCGUUUUUUUAUUUUUGGAUCAUUUUCAACGACCUUUUUAAAAAUCAAUUUCAUGGAAUCUCGAUUUUUUUCAAAAUUAUGCCCGAGGCUCUAUCAUUGAAUUUCCUUCAAGACGCGAUAAGAACUUUAAAUAUUUUUUUACAAAGAAGUUUUUUUGAACAUUUUUUUUCAAGUAAAAGUUAUUCACAUUCAGUUUGUGGAUUUUUCAGGAACUAGCGCUUUCGUGGAACCCAUUCUCCCAGAAGAAACCAUCAGGUUCUGCGGAGAGAACGUCGUGGUUUUCAGCGGUCUGGAAAGAUUCCAACCCGACGUCUCCACCUCGGAUCCAGAUUCUUCUUCGACGGUCCGUUGAUCAUCAACUUCCUUGAAGUUCAUCCGAAUCUUCCAGACGUCUCGAGACGCCGAAGAGAAUCUGAUGAUCGACGCCUCCAAAGUCGCCGCGACUUCACUGAGCACAAGGAUUCGCUCGCCUUCCGGAGACCUGUCAGCAAUGAUUUUCCCUUUUCUGAAACUCUUCUCAAAUUCCAGAACUCGGUCAAAAAACGGAUUCGCCCGCAACGACUAUGUGCACAAAGGCAUCGACGAAAUAUUGAGCAAAUAACUUAUAAUUCAUCUAAACCAGUGACCUCAACUAUUUUCAAGGUUUUGAGCUUGGAAAUGAGAAGAAAAUAGUAGUUUUCAGACAAAUGCAACGUUUGAGAAAAGCGACCUGACGGAGUCGUCGGAUUCCGAGGGAAUUUGCGCGGAUUACGGUAGCAAGGUUCGAUUUUUUACAGUAAACUGUACAAGUACUAGUUAUCAUGGAAGGUUUUAAUUUGGACUCAUUGGAAGCAUUUCUGUAACGAUUUUCAAACUUAAGGAAAGUCAGUUUUCGAAUUUUUGAAGACUUGACUCAAAAUAACUUAUUUUUUGGAUUUUGCGGGUCUUAGAUAGAAAAUUCGCCUAAUCCAAGUUUAGCUUAAUAGAUAGAGUGUUUUUUUUUUAAAUUUUGAUGAAAAUGACAGAAAAUGCCGCAUUAAAACUAUAUAUACUUCUCUAAUAUGAGCAAUAACGAGCAAGCAGGAGAUGUUAGUUUUUAAAAAUUUGGAUAAAAUUAUUUUACACAUUGUAAUAAGCUUUGUUUGUUCGAGAUUCGUUGAUUUUAUGCCGAGAUAUAGAUUUUCGAAGCUUUUUACCGUAAACCUUCGGGCUACCAAACCUGGAAUUUUCGCUUUCAUAUCCGCGUUUCGGACACAUUUUUGAUUAAUAUCAAUUUUUCUGAAACCUCAGUACUAUUUUGAUAUUUUCAGAGCGGCGGAACUGUUUCUGGAUUUGAGACGUCUUCUUAUUUCUCCAAUGAUCUCGACAGAUCUUUCCGUCAAGCUUCAAGGUUUUUUUUUAGAAAACAUGAAAAUUUAAGCCUUCCAAAGUUACGGCCAAUGAAUAGAUGUGUAUUAGUAGUCAGCUUUGAUCUAUAAAAACUAAUGUGUUCUUAAUUUUCAGGAGAUCCUCUCCUCGGAACAGCCUCUAUCCGCUAUCGCUUUCGACGUCUUGCACCUAUACGCCUCCAAGAAAAACUCGAAUCCCAGGAAUUAUGAGCAAGAGCUUCUCGGCCACCUGCAGCAGGUAAACUAACACAAAUUAUUACUACAACUGAUGAGUCCCUUUACAGUAAGACGAUGGGAGAGACCUGUGGAUCUCGAGAAAGACUUUGUGAAGACGUCGGGAACACUUUCGUAGAUUCCAAGUCGCUUCUCCAAAGAAGCCGUCAGCGGAAAAAGUGCCGCGCCAGCAGUUUUGAUCCUCGGUUUUGUUUCAAGCCACCGACAGCUCAGUUUAUAAGCUCUGUUCAGGUGUUUAUUCGCGCUGACCACGUCUACAUACAUGUCGAUGACGUCAUCACGCUUCGAAACGCCCAAGAUCAAGCCACGUCUUCUGAAUCGUCCUCAGUGGGUCCGACAUCUGCCCUCCACUUCUCGAUCUGUACCGCCUAUGGCUUUCUCUCAGUAUUCAGGUCAGUUUUAUCACUAUUUCUUAGAGCUGAAGUAGGAUAGUGAUGGAAAGUGUAUAUUUUAGUAUCUCUGAAAGAUUUCCUGAGAUUUUAUAGUCAAUAGAACUGCUCAACGCGACGACUGGACUUACUAUGAAACUGCAUCCGACUCAAUACUACUUUCGCGCUCUGAUCUCAGAUUUUUUUUUCAGCACGACCUCUUGAUCAUCAUGACGAGACCAAGCCGAAAAGAUUUAACUUCUACUGCCGUACUCGUAGAAACUCUGAAGGUGUUAUUUCCAUCGAAAAUAUGCGUUCAAAACUCGAAUCUCAGGUGGUCUCGUGAAGCUGAAGCCAGUUCAUGUCGCGAGAUUGGGACGGCUCAGGUGCUCUAGAUGUAGAAAGUGUCGCGACCGGAACCGGCUUUCGCAUCUGGCCAUUCCUUCUCGCAAAAUGUAAAAGUCCUAUUUAGAAACUUUUCAAAUUUUGGUUUUCAGCUUGAAGCCCAGACGGAUUUGCAAGCCGAACACGACGAGAAGAAGUUUGUGCAGCUGCCGAAGAUCCAAGGGCAGAUCAAGUCUCCCGCCGAAACCCUCGAUUCCGUUUGACCUCGAUUGGGCUCUGUUUUUCGCUUUCGUCGCCUUUGUCUUCAGAAUCCUUCUCUUCUUUUCUGAAUCUCAUUUUCCAUUCUGA